UUUCAAAAAUACGUUGCAGGCGGUGAAAUGAUUCAGUUGUAUUUCAGCGAGUGAGUGCGUUAGUUGUAAAUAAAUAUUUACUUGUGUGAAAGCCGUGCUGGCAAACGAGCAACGACACAACAUUAUUAUUUUUUAUAUUACAAGAAAAUUCAACAAUCUCGAUGUUGAGAUUAUAUUUGCCUUCAAAGCAAUAAAUUUAUAUGUUUCUGCCUGCAUAUAAACGUGUGUAAUACUGAAAUUUGCUGAAAUUGCUAAAUUAAUUUAAAAAAAACUAAAAUAUUUUGUAAUGAGUUGGUAACUCAUGCAAUAACUCAAAGAAAAAGUGAAGUAAAUCGCCAAAGUAAAAGCAUAAAAACAAAAAUGUCGUGUAUAUAAGAGAUACGUAAAGCAGGCGAUAAGUGAAGAAGAAAAGAAAAAGUACGUAAAUAAAGCAUAAGCUGGUGAUAAGCCUAAGUCUGUACACAACUGAAGAAAAAGAGAAAAGAACUUAUAAACUCCACUGUGAUAAGUGCACCCAAAAUUGAACUGUGACAUUUUCUAAAUAAGAACAUAAAAAUCAAGAAUACAUAUCAAAAUGGAUACCAGCAACAGUGUUCGUGCGCAAAUUAAUGAAAACCACUUAAAUGUGAUAAAUUACGCGCCACCCUCACCUGCCUCGUCGCUUAGCUCCGAAUCCAUGGAUGUUGUAAUAUCGCCAAACAGUCCUUGCUCGCCUGCAACCACACCGCGUUUGCAUAGAGGCGGCCAUGACAGCAGCAGCAGUAGCUAUGAACACUUCUGUACGCCCAAGAAAUCGCUGGCGGAUUCACGUGUACUAGAACGUAUACGCGAAAAGCUUGGCACACCCAGCACUCUAUGUGAGAUGCAUGCGCUGCGCCCGGAACAAAGUCGCGAGGAGGAGGCGGUAAAAGUGGUUAAAAAUCGGUUCCUAAUAAGCACACAAUUGUGCUACCUAUCACCAGCAGUUGCUGCACGCACACCCGCCUCCUAUCGUCAUCUAAUCGAUCUCAAGGCGUCUAGCCUCCGGUGCACCGAUGUCUUCACGGAAACCGAAUACAUCUGCAAGAUUAUCAACGAGCCACAUGAUAAGGUGCAACGCGCCUACUAUGACAUCAAGACGGCAGGGGAAGUAGCGCGCAGCUCUUUGUAUGGCCAUACAUUGAUACGGGAUAUACACGAAAUUGUGCCAUUGGAUGCCAAUCGUUCGUAUCUGAUAAUACCGCCACCAAAAGCGCAAGAAGGUGCCGAGGGUGUUUACGAGGAUCUGCAUACGUACGUAAGGAAUAAGCGACGUUUGCAUGAAAAUGAGGCCAAGGCGCUGUUUCAUCAAAUCGCCGAGACUGUGCGUUUAUGCCAUCAGAAAGGUGUUAUCCUGCGUGAUCUGAAACUGAAACGUUUCUUCUUCAUUGACGAAGCAAGAACGAAAAUCCAGUAUGAAUCGUUGGAGGGCUCCAUGAUACUCAACGAUCCCGCGGAUGACACAUUGAGCGACAAGAUUGGCUGCCCGCUCUACACUGCACCCGAACUGCUCUGCCCGAACCCGACUUAUCAAGGCAAGCCCGCCGAUAUGUGGUCGCUAGGCGUGAUACUGUAUACAAUGCUUGUUGGCCAAUAUCCGUUCUAUGAGCGACCCAACUGCAAUCUGAUUACGAUCAUACGGCAUGGUCAGGUACAGAUACCCUCCUGUUUACCGCGUUCGGUGCGUUGGCUACUUUUGUUGCUACUUUGUAAGGACUACAAGGAACGUCUGCAUGCCGAUGAGGUAUUCUUAACGCCGUGGCUGAAGCAACAGCGGCCACACGAUUACGUCUACCUUUCGGUUGAUACAAAUUUGGAUGAUUUGGAAAUGGAAAGCGAUGAUGACACCGAUGUGUUGGAACAAACACCAUCACGUGUGGAGGGGGGAGCACAGCAAAUGCAUUACACUAAAGACUGCCAAGUGGACAACAAUAGUCAAAAUAUUGCUGCCGCACACCACUUUGUUACUGAAGAAGACUGUCAAGAAGACGAAGACGCUGACGCUGACGACUGUGAUAUUAGCAAUACGGAGCCGUUGAAUUAUUCGCAUACGCACACAACUGCCACCGGCAAUAGUAGCCAGCAGCAUGCAAUUGUUGUGGAUGAUGACGUCGAAAUGAGCUGAUUACACAUGCUUGUGUAUUCUAUAUAUAUAUGACGUCGACGAUGUAGCAACAGCGGCAAUUGCAGCGUUGGUGGUAGGAAAGUCAUCUACGUGUACAUUGUGGUGGUCGGUGCGGUAGCUGGAUAUCUAAGCGCAGGCGCUGUAUGAUUACGCCAUCCUACAACUCCUCCUCCACCGCAGCAACAAUUACACACACACAUAUG